GUACAGCACCAAUGUUUGCCAAAUUGACAAGAGUGAGAUAGGAAAUAAAAGCAAAAGGAACCUUCAAAAUCGAUAGUAUCAAUCUCCAUUUUCAUUAUCUUUCGUAAAGCGAGUAUAUUCCAGAAUGGUAAUGUACCCGUUGCACAAAUCUCAUAUCCUAUGAUAGGGUCAAGAUAAAAGGUAUCUGCUCCGCUUGUUCACAAUGCAAUUAUUGCUUACUUUGCAACAUAAAUAUCUGUCAUGAUGAAAAAGAAAAAGCAAUAAUAUAGAAUGCUCAGUGGCUAGUCUAACCAAUUACCCACUAUUAUUUAAGAGUGAUAGUUUAUUUCGCUACUUUUUCUCAUUGUUGAAUCGUCUUUCAAAGACCCUGACAGGGAACUCUUUGCCGUAUUUCUCAAUAUAUUAAUUUUUAUAUUCCACUUGAAAGAAUAGCCUUAUUCUUUUAGUGACGAUCGAUUUUGGAUCACUUUAUGUUCUUAUGAAAUGUUUAUCGACGCAUUAUCUUAAAAAUAAGGAAAGAUCUCGUUCGAUCGAGGCUAUUGCCUCCCUGUAGAGAGAGGGUAUUGGGUCAAUGUCUUUCACAUCCCUAAUUUGGGCGGGUAUUGCUUCCCUGACAGAAAACUCAUUGUUCAUGUAGGAGUUUCACUCAGCCGCAAUGCUGAUGCCGAAAGAGAUCCUGGUGGGGCGAAAACAAAAAUCAUACGUGGUAAAUUUAAAGUACCGUCUAAGAUGAAAUAGAUUUUCUCCGUGUCACAACUGAACCUUUUCCUUGAACUACAUUGUAUGAUUCAGUUAAACCCACCACAAAUUAUUUCUCUGCUAGGGCUGCUGAGGCAAGUUAUUCAGGAUCUUCAGCAGAUGCACCUCUUUGCAAGCAAGGUCAACAGCAACACUCACUUGACUGAAGAGUUAACGCAGAUUGCUUUAGAUAAGGGUUUCAGAAUUUCUGACAGUCAAGGAUCAGGAAACUGCAUGUUUCAUGCCUUGUUAGAACAACUAGAGUCGGUCAAAGGAAUCAAAAUGCAACAUGGCCAUUUGAGACAAUCUUUGGUUCAGUACCUCAGGGAAAACCCAAAGCUGACAGAUGGAACAGAUCUAUUUCACUUCGUCCAUGGCCAUGAAACAUGGGCUGAUUACCUAACAUACAUGGAACAAGAUGGCUCGUGGGGAGACCACCUCAUUCUCUGUGCAGCGGCAAAUAGCUUUAAAACGUGCAUUCAUGUGGUCAGCAGUCUACAAAAUGAAGUAGUCGUCAAGCCACAUCGUCCUGUUAACGAAAGCAAGCCACUUGUGCUGGGCCAUAUCCAUGAGGUACACUAUGUCAGCCUUCAACCCAUACAAGGCUGCAGUAAAGAUUCUCAGAAGUAAUGCUUACAAACAAGCAAAACCUUCCCGAAGAAACAGAACGCAAUAAGGAAAUAAGGAAAAACUGCGACGUUUGAGGAAUUCUUCGACGAAAUUCUAUUUUAGCUGAAAAAAUCAGCUUUAGAUGAAGCAAAGAUUCUUAGAAGUCACAGGUCCUUCAGUUUGGAUGAGCUUAAGUCAAUGAGUUGCCUUCAGGUUUUUGUGGUUUGACAGAAAUUAUGAUGUAGAGUAAUUCUAAACUGAGUGUAAAACUGAAGUAAUUCGAUAUUGCUUUUGUUUUCCUUUAUUUCGGUCUGUUUUGUCUAGAGACGCGUACAAUGUGCUAAACAAAUCAGACGCCGAACGAAAAUGAAUCGAGACUUGGUCGCCCACGUUUCCCCACAUUUUUGGUAGUUUGCUUGUCUUUGUUUUGAAACCUCGUUGACUAAUAAUUACGUAAUAUUUCGUUAAUAUUGGCUAAGGUAAUUACUUUGAUUCGUUUUUAGAAAUUUUCACGAAAACAACAGUUUUGUUUUUUAAAUUCUAACACUAUUUAGCUAAAAAGGAAACAGAGUAGUCAUUCCCCCACUUCCUUUCCCUCCAACCCUUUCUCCGCUGACCCUAUACUUGGAAAUACUUCGUUCCCGGGAAAUUUUACCUGUAAAUAUGUUAUGAUACAAAUAUGAUCCUAAUCAACCCCUCCCCAUGAGAAAUCAAGUACUCUGGAAGCAGCUGUUCUCUACAUUCCUUGUCAAGAAUAGAAAGUGACAGCAGAGGGUAUCAGUUCACUUAUUUUGUUUUAUAUGUACCUGAAAGUUUUAGCCUAAUUAUAGGGAUACAGCUAGUACAACCACAUCAAUUGAACUUUUCGAUGAUGAAAAGUUAUUUUCUUCAAAAUGCCUUCAAUACAGUUGUUGUAGUCUGGAAGAAUUUGCAGUUUAUUUCCUUUGAUAGAUAUUUUAGUAUUUAUCACCGUGAAUAAAUAACUUAUCCAUAGAUUUUUUCACAUUCCAGUAACACUCGUUAUGUUUUAAGUAAGGGAAUAGGGGUUAUGUCAAACAUAUUGCUAUAUGACCCAUUGGUAGGAUAAACCGAAUUAAACGUAGGACUUGCGUUGAAUAAGAAAAAAUUUAUUUUUUUUGCAAGGGAACUUCAGCAUCCUGAAACACUUAAGGUAACCGAUAACUUGACCUGUAAAAUCAUUAAACGGAUACCUCUCAAAGUAAAAUCAUGAUUAAAUUAUAAAACAGA